AUGGCAACCAUGUGCAAAAGGACUACGCGUUUGGUUGCUUUACCGUUUAAGCAAGGUAUUAUUGAGCGAUCUUAUGACAGUACAACACCAGGUAUUUUAUGCAAGAUAAAAGGGCACAGCACUGGUAAUCAUUAGUGCACUGUAGACUGCUUGGCUGUCAGCUGAAUACAUGUAAUGUUCCUACCAAAUCCUACACCAACUUUUGUACUGCAACAUCCAAAGAUCUACAAAUCUUAUUUAUACGAAUCGAUUCCAUCAUUACUGGCAAACACUGACAUCAAAUUAGAUAACAAAUCCGAAUUAUCUGGAAGAAGGUCGUCUUUUAUUACCCGUAAUAAUGUUAAAAGCAAAAGCAGGCAUGUUGAAUCGCCUUCUGAGUGCCAGUGUGCCAAAAUACCCAGAGAUGGCUUGGGUCCACGAUCUCAGUUAUUUGGUUGUCAAAUACGAAAGUGUUUUUACGGAGUGCCUGACACCAGGCAGUACAACAGACUGUUUUUACUUCUGGUGGAAGAACCAAAGUAUUCUGUUGAUGGCUCGGAAUUUAGCAGAAGCUGUCUUUCAACACUUUAUGACGCUGACGAUAUUAUAGUAUGCAUACGUGAUGAAAAUAAGCCGUUGGCCGAAAAUCUGGUGCGUGCGUAUGCCAUCAAUGCGGAAUUAUUGUGCUCCACAAUGACCUAUUUCAGAGAUAUCCUCUCUGCACCAAAUCCGUGCGAUGAAAGGUCGUCCACCCAAGUCUCGCUGUUUUUACCAAAGAUACUGUGGGACUGGCUACUGAGUUUUGCCAAAUUCAGCCUUCUAAGAAACCAAGAAAAAUCUCCCCCUGUAGAGCCCAGCCUAGCCUUGCCAUUAUUUGGUGCGGUUAUUAUGAUGGGGAUGAAAUCGGCUGAAAAGGUCAUACUGGCUUAUAUUCUACAUAAUUGGCGAACCAGUGUGCAGUGCCGUGACCGCACAAUGGACCGUAUACUGGAGAAGUCUAUACCAUCCUUAGCUGUUCACAUACAUCCAGAACUGGUUGAGGAUGACAAUGUAGAGAAAAGAGACGAUUGGUUAAUUGACAGAUUGUACGGACAGUGGAAUGCUGAGCUCUUGGACCAAAACCAGCUGGAACCAGUCUUGCAACCAUACUUUCCUCUGGGUAGCGCAAAAGAUGUUUUCCUAUGCACCCAUUGCAGCCGUUGGAUGAAUGCUGGAACAUCAACAUGGAUCCAGUGCACUGUAGCGUACACAUUUCGGCGACGCAAUGGUACCACAGGUUAUGCACAUUCAAGGCAUCCUGAUGCAGAUUUUCAGAAAAGAGUCGAACAUGUUAAUCAGCUAUAUGAAUCUAAAGAGCGAGCGUUGUUCUGGAAUCUUUAUGGGCUGCUGAAUGUAUUACAGUGUGGCAGCUGCAGCAAGGUACCAGUACGAGAAAUUAGUACAACGUUACUGCGUCAUUUACUAUCUAGCCAUCUUCAACAUGUGAAAAGGUAUCCCAAUUCGGUUUCUGGCGGGCAGUAG